GUUGGUCCUUCUAACAAUGAUCCCUCUGUCAUAGCCCAAUAUUUUGUGGACACUAUCAGGCAAAUCGGUGGAACUGCCAAGAUAAUACGUGGUGAUGGGGGAACAGAGAAUGUUUAUGUCGCUGCUGUACAGCGCUUCUUUAGACGUGAUGGGGACGACAGUUGGGCUGGAGAUAAAAGUUUCUUAUAUGGAAAAUCCGUUGCUAAUCAGCGUAUAGAGGCUUGGUGGGGUAUUCUAAGAAGAGGCUGCUCGGACUGGUGGAUCCGUUUUUUCAAAGAUAUGAGGGACUCCGGUCUUUACUGCGCAAACGAUGCAGUACAGGCUGAAUGUCUUAAGUUUUGCUUCAUGCCUCUCAUUCCCAAAGAGCUUUAUAAAGUGGCUGUAUUAUGGAACUUACAUAAGAUAAGGCCAACGAACAAUGCUGAGUCUCCAAGUGGUCGACCAGACAUUCUUUAUUUGUGCCAGACGUCACUGGAGGAGCAGACAUUAAACAGGAUGUGGACAUUGAUGAUAUUGAACUUGCGGAGCAAAGAUGUUGCU